CCAUAAUCUAGUCUUUUCUAUGAGCAUAACCUUAAAAGUUAUGAAAUCAUCCAAUGGAAAUUAUAGUAAAUUUUAAAAGUUUUAACAUAAACUUAAAAACAUUGCUGAAUUUAAAACACAUUAUUGAUUUAGGUGUUACUAAUAUGAAGUAGUUAUUGAAUUUUCUAUAUGCGCAGUCUUAAAACAAUUUGACCAAUAAUGUUUAUUUCAAAGAAAAUACAAAAGUGUUUUAUUUUAUCCAUUCUUAAUUCAACUCGUUAUAUUAACACGAAGUCUAAUACAGGCAAAUUUCCUCGUAAAAUUUUCUCUGGAAUACAACCUACAGGAUCCAUGCAUUUGGGGAACUAUUUUGGGGCUAUAACACAAUGGAUAGAUUUACAACAUAAAAAUGAAGACAUUACUGUUAGUGUUGUUGAUCUUCAUUCAAUAACACUGCCACAGGAUCCAAAUGUUUUGCCCAAAAGCAUAUUGGAAAUGACUGCAACAUUACUAGCUUGUGGAAUUGAUCCAAAUAAAUCGGUAAUAUUUCAACAAUCACGUGUUCUUCAACAUACUGAAUUGUUCUGGUAUUUAGGAUGCAUUUGUACCAUGGCAAGGUUGGCGCAUUUGCCACAGUACAAAGAAAAGUCAGCACUAUUAAAAGAUGUUCUAUUAGGAAUAUUUAUUUAUCCUGUUUUGCAGGCUGCUGAUAUUCUUGUUCAUAAAGCAACACAUGUGCCUGUAGGAGAAGAUCAAAUUCAACAACUACAAUUAUGUCAAGAAUUAGCUCAAAUGUUUAAUAAAAAAUUUGGUACAGUCUUUCCGAUACCUCGUACAUUAUUAUCUGAAAAGGGUAGUGCCCGGAUACGCAGUUUAAGAGAACCAUCUAAAAAGAUGUCCAAGUCAGAUCCUGAUUCAAAAAGCAGAAUCUGUUUAACUGACGCAUCGGACGAUAUUGUGAAGAAAAUUAAAAAAGCAGUUACAGACUUCACUUCUGCCGUGACCUAUGAUCCUGAGAGUAGGCCUGGAGUAUCAAAUUUGAUAUUAAUUCAUUCACUUAUAAGUGGUAAACAACCGCAAGUUAUAGUUGAAGAGUCGCAGUAUUUAGAUACUUUAAAGUACAAACAUCUGGUUGCUGAUGUUAUUAUUGAACAUUUACUACCUAUUAAGAAAAAGAUAGAGGCUUACAUUGCAAACCCUGAAUAUCUUGACCAAGUUUUAAGAGAAGGUUCUGAAAAAGCUCAAGCUACAGCAGAAGAAACAAUGGUUGAAGUCAGACGGAAAGUAGGAAUAAAUUUUUUAGAAAAACUAAAAGAAGAAUCGAGUUUCAUUGUAAUUUGAAAUGAAAAUAUGAAAAAUAUAAAUUAUUAGAUACAGAAACUGAGCAUUAUUUUUAAAAAUUAUGUACAAUUUAAUAGCUAUUCGGAAGUAGUAAUUGCA